UUAGAGGGCGUCCGGUGCAGACAGCUGUACCCUCAGAUCAGCUGCUGUCAUGGCUGGACAAGUUAAGGCUCUUGUAGCUGCGAAGUGGUUAGCCGAAGCAGUCAAAAACAACAAAGUAGGGCCAAGCCUGCGGAUUCUGGACGCCUCCUGGUACCUGCCUAAACUGAACCGCAAUGCACAAGAAGAGUUCAAGCACCUCCACAUUCCCGGAGCCUCGUUCUUCGACAUCGACGAGUGCUGCGAUAAAUCGUCUCCGUUUGACCACAUGCUGCCCACCGCGAGCGAGUUCGCGGACUAUGUAGGGGAUCUGGGGAUCGGGAACCAGACUCACGUCGUAGUUUACGAUGGCAGCGACUUCGGCUCGUUCGCGGCGCCCCGGGUCUGGUGGAUGUUCAGGCUGUUCGGUCAUAACUCCGUAUCCGUCUUGAACGGUGGGCUCAAAACCUGGCUGCGGGAGGGUCACCCCACCGCCGACCGGUACACCAAACCGGAGAGGAGCGAGUUUAAGGCAGAGAUAAACUCCUCCUGGGUGAAAACAUAUGAAGACGUUCUGGAGAACAUGACUAGCAAGAAGGUUCAGCUCGUGGACGCCAGAGUUGAGGGGCGUUUUCGCGGGCUCGAACCGGAACCGAGAGAAGAUACUGAACCUGGUCAUAUUCCUGGUGCCAUUAACAUGCCGUUCCCCUCCUUCAUGGACUCGUCUGGACUUGAACUACCAGUAGAGGAGCUAACCAAGCUGUUCAAGCAGGCAGGAGUUGACCUGCAGAAACCCUUCUGGGUCACCUGUGGCUCAGGUGUGACCGCCUGCCACAUCACCCUUGCGGCCUACCUUUGUGGGCACCAAGAUGUCUGUCUGUAUGAUGGGUCGUGGUCCGAGUGGUUUGCCAAGGCUGCACCUGAACAUGUUAUCUCUGAGGGUAAAGGCAAACAGGUGUGAGAGUGCCUGUUUUGGAUGGAAACAGCUUCUUCUAGGCUUUGACAGUUAAAGGAUUACUUUUAAAAUAAUUUGAGUAGGGUUAGGCAGUAUAACAAUAAUGAUGUAUAACGAUACUAUAGACUUUUAAAAAUUAUGAUGUCAAAUUUCUGUUCCGCGUCUGAACGGCCAAAUAUUCCACCCUUAUAUGUUUUUAUAGAGGCUCAUUGAUUGGUGUUGUGGAAGCUCACUGAUAGGUAGUGGUGAUAGAAAGAGGAGAAAUAUUAGAGCCAGGAAAACCUCAGAAAAGACUGAGCAUGAUAGUAGAUCAGCGACAGCCAAGAGCUUCACACACCACAGAACACGUUCGAUUUCGGCUUUACUUUAACACCGGUUACUCGACUUCGUGCUCUCGGAUGUCUUCUAAACGGGUGUAAUUUUAGCAUCAGUUAGCUGGAUCCAAACCUGUGCUAUGGCGUGUAACACGUUUGGCCUGCUAACUAAGCUAUUGUUAGCUUAGCCAAAACACUGCAGUCCCAAACAUCAUGGAACAGGUUUGGUUUUCUGUCACUCCAACAUCAGUCACUUGACAUUUGCUCUCUCUGACACCAGUUAGUCAGAAUCAACUCAGUACUGUGGUAUGUGGCCCUGUUUGGCCUGGUCAGUAAGCGAACUUUAAAUUAGCCAAUCAGGCUACAGAUUUAAACAACACCUGACAAGUUCAUUUUUCACCUUUCUGUCCAUUCAGCUCCAGUUGCUCGAGGCUUCACUCCCUCAGAUUUGAAUCAUUAUCAUCUAAUUUUGUGUAGGUGCUUUAGUUAGCCAGAAUCAGUUCUGUGGUGAGCAGAGUUGUUAUAAUACCAGCUAAGCUAAUGCUAACCAUUCUGCUUGCCACAGAAUCCAACAUGUUCUGUGGUGAGCAGAGUUCUUAUCAUAUUGAGUUUAGCUAAUGCUAACCACUCUGCUUGCCAGAGAAUCCAGUAUGUUCUAUGGGGAGCAGAGUUGUUAUAAUACCAACUAAGCUAAUGCUAACCACUCUGCUCACCACAGAUUCCAGCAUGUUCUGUGGGGAGCAGAGUUGUUGUCAUACUAGCUAAGCUAAUGCUAACUAGCUCCUCUCUCCUAGUUAGCAGCACUGUUUAACAUUUGGUAAUUGUUUGAUAGAUGGCUUGAUGUUUAUUGAAUGAUGGCUUGAAAAUCACACACGUGUUUACCCUGUAAGCAAACUAAACGUUUUAAUUCUUUUCAAUUUUGAAAGAGUGCAGGACAAGACAUAUUACCCCACUGGUAACACUGUAUACUACGGUAAUAUUUGAAGACGGUCUGAAGGUGUGAAACAAGUGGAUGUUGCCCAACCCUGCCUCAGAGGAACUAGUCCUGAAAACUGCGCUAAGGGGAAAAAGUGAUGCGUGAUUGUGCUACAUUCAGAUUCUGAAGGCUGUGUUCUAAAUGGUUAUAAAGGUGCUUCUCAUUUUACUUUUACAUGUCCAUUUAUGAUCAUUAAAAAAGACAAUAAGACCAUAAUAAGGGUGCAAGAGUCAUCACCUGUUUGACCCCAGGGGUCAACAGUGAUCAACGGGACCUCAGUCACUGUCACUUGAAACAAUAUUGAAAGAUGAAUGGUUACUUAUUGCAUAGCGGUUAUGUUCUCUAGUAUUUUGUAUGUAUGAAAGUAACAGCAGUCUGCUACAUUAUAGUAGUGUCCAGGCUAACUCACCUCACUUGUAUUGUAUGUACUUCUCAGUGAUGUUUAUGACCACUGCAGGUAUCAGAAGUGAUAUGAGCAAGGUAUUAAAAGAGCUUUUCAAAGAAUAGAUUAUAAUGUAUGGAAGAUUAACUUGUUUUGCUAAGUGCCUUUCAUAAUCUUCUGCACAUUAAACGGUUAGAGUACCAUUAUAGCAUUUGUCGCUGUCUGCAGUGUUAACGGUUUAAAUCAUCAGAAAGAUCUGAUGUUGCUGUUUACUUCAUUCAUAUUCAUUUAAAUAAAUUAUAAGUGGCACACAAAAAU